UCUUAAAAAAAAAAAAAAGAAAAAAGAAAAAAUGGGGUGGAGGUAGCAAGUGAGAGAGGGCAGUGGCAGUAAACUAAGAAAUGUUGAAUGCUUGCUCUUUGGCAAACACCAUGUGAGUAAAAUAAAUACUUAGGUAAUUUCAACCUAAUCUUCACAGGUAAGAUCCCAUUUUACCAAUGAGAGUACAGAAGACCAUUGAGAAUAACUAAGACAAGCCUCAUACCUGGUCAGAUGGCAGGUCCAGAUUGAGAAGACCUGGGAUUUUUCAGAAUGUGAUUUUUAAAAAAUUAUAAUACAUACAUGUUCUUUAAGAAAUAAAUGUCUUAGUUUCCAUUGUACUGUACACAUUCCCCUGACAAAACACCUGUCAUUCUCUUAUUUUAAUUGGUUAUGUCUCUCUCCUUCUACUAGUUACUUGUACAUAGGGACUAGGUUGCAACAUUCAUCUCUGAAUCAUCAGGGCCUAGUAUAGGAGUUGACCCUUGACUUGUGCAUUAAAGAUUUGUAAAAAUGGAAUUUCUGUCUCUGGCAUUUGAAAACAUCUGCACCCUCCACUCCUACUCCUCAUCUCUGAGUUUAAAAAAAAAGUAUAGAGUUGUAAGGGUUAUUAGAGAUACUCCACCUCAGUCCUCUCAUUUAUUUAAAGGGAGGAAUUUCAGGCACACACUGGAGAGACGAUCAUGAUGUACCCCAAAGCCCCAGUUGAUAGUAGUUAUUCUAGCAUUCUUGCCUCCUGCUUCUCAGUUCAGGGCUCUUCUUAGAAUCUGCAUGUAUACAUUCUGCUUUCAUUCAUUCAAUAACCCUCUGAUUCUCCUUUAUGCUCAGUGCUGAGGAAAUGCCACUUUCCUUUCUGCCUCCCUGAAUAAAUAUACAGCUGUGCUUUCCAGAAACCAGAAGAAAAAUAGCUUCCCAAGAGUUAAGACUUAAGCUAGAAAAUGAUCACUGAAGUUGGGUUUCUAACUGUUGUAUCCCAUUUUGCUCAUCCAGACAGUUACUUAUUAUUGUUGUUCAUUGGAGAUGAUAAGUGAUCAUUUGCAGGCCUGGGUAAACUGUUCAGGACCCUGAAAAUAAUCUCUCAUUGCUAUAGUUUGAUUUGGUGUGGUUGUUGAAAUGUGUGUUUUGCUUUUCUUUUUUAAAGAUGUAUUUGUUUAUUUGAGAGAGAGAGCCCACGCGAGUGUGCGGGGGGAGGGGGCAUGGGAAGGGGAGACCCUUAGAUCACAACCUGAGCUGAAAUCAAGAGUCAGAUACAACCGACAAAGCCACCCAGGUGCCCCUGUUUGCUUUUCUUAAUCAAAAGCAAACUUAAUCUGUAACAUAAUGUAUUCUGUAAGGUUAAAUUAAGCCGUGAGUUGUGCUUCCUUUUAGCUCAGACUAGUAAAAAUAAUUUGUACAUGAUGGUCUCCCAUGGCCUUGAGUGAAAUGUGGUGGAACGAUGAUUUUUCUUCACUUAGGUUGUGUUAGCUCUCUACUUUCAAAACGUUUUUGACUCUAGCGUCAUGAAAACACUAUCUUGGGUUAAAGUUUUUUCAUGUGAGUGCUUUUCAAAAGUUAAUUUUAGUAGUACUUUGGACACAUUUUAAGUUUUAUAGAGUAUAUCUAAUGUAUGGAACUUACCAGUAAUGAAUAUUAAAGAUACCCAAUAAAAUUACAUUGAAACUAUAGUCACCUUUUGAUUUUUCAGGAAAGUGAUACUGUUUGUAGACUGAGAGUUCUUAAUUAUGGACUUCCUCUAGAUAAAAAAAUUCUCUGUUCGUUUGAAUAGAAUGUUUAUGUGACAGUGGAGCCUGAGGAGAAGGACUGAGGGCAGAGUCAACUGGCUUGACUCUUUCCUUUGAAUUACUUUAAGUUCUUUAAAGAGAAAGUCUGAAGUAGUGGGACAUAUACAUUAAAGAAUAUUGGAGAAAAGGAUGCAAUUAAUUAUAGAAACUUGUAUUAAGCUUAAUGUUGCCAAAUCAUUAUUCUUAAUGAAAAGAAUGUGUGUUAUUAGAACUAUCUGGAACUUUGAUUCAUGUCAUCAAUCCAUGGCAAGAAGCAAAUGAUAUAGUAUUAAUUUUAUGAAGUAAUUUUAUGUAUUGUCAUGUUCUGUGUUUUUUUUUGUUUUGUUUUGGUUUUUUUUAGGACCGGAGUAGGCCGUAUGACACUUUUAACUUGCACUCGUUGGAGAACUCCUUAAUGGAUAUGAUAAGGACUGAUCAUGAGCCUCUGAAAGGUAAACACUACCCUCCCAGUGGCCCACCAAUGAGUUUCGCUGAUAUAAUGUGGAGGAAUCAUUUUGCAGGACGCAUGGGAAUAAAUUUCCAUCAUCCAGGAACAGAUAAUAUUAUGGCACUUAACAAUACCCAUGGUUUUCUUCUGUGUUUACAUGCAGCCAGGAGCUAUGGGCGGAGACGAGGUCGGUCUUCUCUCUUUCCCUUUGAAGAUGCCUUCCUGGACGACAGUCACGGCGAUCAAUCCUUGUCAUCUGGCUUAAGUUCUCCCACUCGUUGUCAAAACGGAGAACGAGUAGAACGUUACUCUAGGAAGGUGUUUGUUGGAGGCCUUCCUCCUGAUAUUGAUGAAGAUGAGAUCACUGCCAGCUUUCGCAGGUUUGGACCUCUCGUUGUAGACUGGCCUCACAAAGCUGAAAGCAAGUCCUAUUUUCCUCCUAAAGGUAAUGCACUUAAAAUGUCUCCACUGCCUGCCUGUUGGAGAGCUAGCAUGACAGUUCAAUAAAAGACAGCCUUUUAAUUCUUGAAAUAGCAGUUCGCUUUUUUCCCCCAAGAAAAUAUUUUAAUGUUGAUCAUCUUUUUGUGUCUUACUAUUUUCAUUUGGAGACUAUUCCCCCAGGAGCACACUGAUUAUUUCAGGACAUCUAUUGUACUGACAGUGAGAUCCUGUGAGUCUGUUGUAAAUGAGCCUUGUGCUAAAUUUUCAUUAUUUGAGAGAAAAAAAUCUAGGGGUUUGAGGAAUGUCAGUGAUGGGAGAGGAAAAGAUCAUUUAGAGUCAAAUUUUAUUUGUGUCCCGUAGUCCUGUGGUUUUAUAGAUCUUAUAAACCCCAAACUUGGAAAACCUGGUGGCUAAAAAGUGACAUUGUAUGAAAUUACCUUUAUUCAUGUCUGUAUUUUAAGUGACUUAGCUUGUUGAGGGGUGGAGGCAAACUAGCAAAGAACUCCUCACGUGACCUCGUCCCUUAUGUUUGGGGUGUAGGCUUUUUGGUCAUUACAAAGACAUGAAAAUAUAUUAUUUUGUUCAUAGUUUGUCAUUUCUGCAGAAUUCAGGGAACUUUUCUAGUGAUGUUAACUCUGGGUGAGUUCCUAGAAUUAUAUAGAAGAGUGUUUUGGGUUAAAAAGGAAGUUUUCUUCAUGUGUUGUGUUCUGUAGAUAUGUUUCAAGGAUGUCUUUCAUCUCUAAAGAAUUGUUUUUUGGAUAUGUAUUAUUACAUAACAUUAGUCACCACAAGACGAUGGAGUCAAAAUACUGACCCUUCCUGUGCUUUUUUACAGGAAUGAAAAUAUAGCUUAUCUUGGGAAAGGCAGGUGGCUUCCUUUUAUGUCUGGUUUAUUAGGUUUCUUUGCCACCUAUAUUUCUCCCCACUCCCUCUACAACCUAUGAAAAGAAGUUACUCACUAAGUAGAGGCUGUUUGUUUACUUUUAACAUUUCCUUUUUAAUUUUCUCCAAGAAUUUUUAAAGUUAAAAAAUAAGUUUUGUAUUAAUCAGAAAAGAUAAAAAUCACCAUGUUGAUUAUUUCCACUGAAGGAACGUGUUCACCACUUCAUAGUACAUGUGUGACACUCUGUAAAGACACAUAUUUAAAACGUGUUUCUAAGAGUGCUAAUAAUUCCUUGAGUCAGAGUAGGGUUAUUUCAGUGAGCGAGUGAGUUCACCACCCUGUGCUGUAGGUAAUAUGCUCUGGAAAGUCACAUGUAUAAAAAGAUAUUCCUAAGAGUACGAGUUGCACAUAAGCAUCAAGACAUGUUAUCUCAGUGAAAGAAUGUCUUCAGUAUACUGUGGUGCAUGUAGCACACUCUGCAAAAUUACAUGUAUAAAAGAUAUUUCUAAGGGUGCUGGUUAAAAAAAAUCAUACUGGGAAGGUUAUAAAAACAACUCUGGGAUAAAAGGUGUCAGGUGAUCAUCAUAAAAAAAUGAAGAUAAACAUAUAUAGUUAUGUCCAAAGAAAAUUAUCCCAAACCUACCUCUAUCAGACAUAACCACUGUAAACAUUUUAUUAAGUUUCCUUCUGAUGUCUCUUUAUGAAUAUGAACAUUUAUAUGAAAUUUUGCAUUUUACAUAAGUGGGAUCACACUGUACAUGCUGUUCAGUAACCUGCAUUUCCCCCUCCGCAAUGUAAACAUCUUUCUGUAACAGACCUACAUAAUUUUAAUGACCUUAUUUUAUUUAAUCUGUCCUUUUGAUGGACACUUAAGUUGCUUCCAGCUUUUUCCUCUUAUGGAUCAUGCUUCAGUGAAUAUCCUUGUGCCUUCAUCUUUUUGCCCUUUAUCAUUACCUCUUAGGGUGAAUUUCCAGAAGUGAGGUACAUAUUUAUACAGAUAGCAAAGCUGCCCUUAAGAAAGGUCAUAUACAUUUAUGUUCCCACCAAUAGUAUCUGAUUUGUAGAACAGUUUUAUUAAGUCUGAGGAAAUGACUGUUUUUCAAUCUUUGCCAAUCUGAUGGUUAAAAUAACAUCCUCUCCCCCCCCCUUUUUUUGGCAUUCUUUUCUCUUUACUGGCCUUUGAAUGUAUUUUACUUUCUUAGAUUGACUUCUCAUUUUUCUCUGGACUUCAUAUUGGAGUAAGGCACAAGAAGAGAUCCAGUUCUCUUUUUCCAAGUAGCAUGCCAGUCAUCUCAGUAGUCAUUUAUUGACUAAUAAAUUUUUUCUCAUCAAUUUGAAUCAUUAGAAAUAAGUGUAAGAAAAAAAAGAAAGAAGUGUUGAUUGGAAGGUUAUCACUUCUCUUUCUCAGUGGAGUGCACAAGUUUCUCUGGAACCGCCCUGUCCAGUGUGAUAGCUACUAGCCACAUGUAGCUAAUGAGCACUUGAAGCGUAACUAAUUUGAAUUGAGAUAUGCUUUAAGUGUAAAAUAGACACUGGAGUUUGAACUUAGUUUUUAGAAAAAAGUAAAAUAUCAGUAAUUUUGUUUUCAUGUUAGAAUGAUA